GAGCCUGGCGUGGGCAAGACCGCCAUCGCCGAGGGGCUCGCGUUGAGGAUCGCGCAGGGCAUGGUGCCUGACAUGCUCGAGGACAAGCGGGUCAUCGAGUUGGACCUCGGGCUCCUGCUCUCCGGCGCCAAGUACCGUGGCGAGUUCGAAGAGAGGCUGAAGAACAUCAUCACCGAGGUCCGGGAGAGCGGCAACGUCAUUCUCAUGAUCGACGAGAUCCACACGCUGGUGGGGGCCGGGGGCGACGGCGGCGGCGGCGCCAUGGAUGCGGCCAACAUCCUGAAGCCAGCCAUGGCUCGCGGGGACGUCCAGAUCAUGGGCGCAACCACGGUGGAGGAGUACCGCAAGUAUGUGGAGAAGGACAAGGCGCUAGAGCGCCGCUUCCAGCCCAUCAGCGUGCCCGAGCCAACCGUCGACCAGACCGUGCAGAUCCUCCGGGGGCUGGCCCGAAAGUACGAGGCGCACCACAGGCUCCGCUUCACCGACGAGGCCCUGUCUGCGUGCGUCAAGCUGUCCUCGCAGUACGUGCAGAACCGCUUCCUCCCGGACAAGGCCAUCGACGUGCUCGACGAGGCUGGCGCGCGGGUGCAGCUGCGGCAGCUGGCGAGGAUGCCGGAGGCGGCGAAGGAGGUGCGCGCGGAGAUCCGCGAGGUGCAGGAGCAGAAGGAGAAGGCCGUCCGCGAGCAGGA